GAUGAAAAGUCAAUUUUCACUGUCAAAUGUCAAUGAAUAAUUGAAGACAACGCGUAUAUAAUGAUCUCUUCGAAAAUUCAUCACACGACCUCACAAGCUUCUCUUUUUCCGGUCCGUUCUGCGAUUAGGACGAAACCCUAACUGGUAUUUGUUUGUUUUUUUCUGCGUGAUUUUGAAACACAAGUAUAAUAAGGCGGCGAGUAAAGGGCCUUGAGAGAUUGCGUUUGUCAAAGUGGGUACAGCAAUGAAAGGGAUUGCGAGGAUUGUGACUUCUCUUUCGCGAAUCGUUUCUCGAGGAAGUACGGUUUCUUCUUCUUCUUCGUCUUCUUCUCUUCUGGUGUCUCGUCGCUCGCUUUUCAUCUCGGCGGCUACGCAGUUUCCGACCAAUUCACGUGAUUCUCGGACGACGAAUUCUGCUCUUACCUCUUCGAGAUCUUCUUCACUUCCUCAGAAAUGGGCUUUUCUCGGAGGGCAGAGAAGGACGAUGUUUAUCCAAACACAAUCGACCCCGAAUCCUUCUUCUCUGAUGUUUUAUCCUGGAAAGCCAGUCAUGGAGGUUGGAAGCGCCGAUUUCCCUAACGUUCGUUCAGCUUUAGGUUCACCAUUAGCCAAGGCCAUUUACUCCAUUGAUGGUGUAGUUCGAGUUUUCUUUGGGGCAGAUUUUGUCACUGUAACGAAGUCAGAUGAUGUGUCAUGGGAUAUCCUCAAGCCUGAAGUGUUUGCAGCUGUCAUGGAUUUCUAUUCUUCUGGGGAGCCUUUGUUUCUGGACUCGCAAGCUGCUGCUGCCAAGGAUACUGCCAUCAACGAGGAUGACUCUGAAACCGUAGCAAUGAUCAAGGAACUCCUAGAAACACGCAUCAGACCAGCAGUCCAAGAUGAUGGUGGGGACAUCGAGUAUUGUGGGUUCGACCCGGAAAGUGGUAUAGUGAAGCUGAGGAUGCAAGGAGCUUGUAGCGGUUGUCCAAGCUCAUCUGUUACUUUGAAAUCGGGAAUCGAGAACAUGCUGAUGCAUUAUGUAACUGAGGUAAAAGGUGUUGAACAAGAGUUUGAUGGUGAAGAAGAGGAGGGAACGUUGUCUGGAGAGGUGAGAGAGUAGAGUAAUACAUCUCCUCAAUCUCCUCUCUCUGCUCUGCUAUAUUUAGUGUACAGAAGAAUAAAUCCCAGUGAGUGCACUGUUUUCUUUCACCCUUUGAAUUGAUUUAUCAGAGUGUUUUGGGGCUUUUGAAUCACACUCAAGAAUCUCCAGAGAGAUCUCGGGUGAAUCUAUAUUGUAACUUUGUUUUACCUACAUACACCAAUAAAGUCUUUAAAUUAUUAGAGUUUUUGUAAGGAA